GAGAAAUAUUAGUUUCAACAGCUGUUUCUUGAUCCUCUUCUCGGUAAUAUACAAUGACGAGACACAUCGUGUCUCGUUUCUGUUUACAAAAGUUACUCGGGGUGAACUGAGAGGAACGCUUCUAUUUUUUAUUCACGCAACGGUCUGCGAGUGUCCAAAAAUAACUGCCGUUUGACGGGAAACAGUUUUUAAUCAAGUGUCAGGUCCACUCUAUGAAACCGCUUCUCCCUUGCACAUUGCAGACGUGUUGGAGGGACCUCCGUGGUCUACAGUUAUUCCUCACGAAAGGGCGUCUUGAAACCGCCUGCACCGAAUAGCAUUUGCUGUUCCGUCAUCUCCCCUCCGCUUUUGGUAUCCCGGAAGUUCACCGAUGACAGGAGAGAGGGGAAAGGGGACGAGUGCUCUCCACCUGGACGAGGAGACCUUCCGCCGGGCCUGCCGGCGUUUUGUCCAGCACUCCCACGCCCUCAGUGAUGGAUGGAGCUGGGAGGAGGUGAAGGGGUCCGAUGAAGGCUACAUGAGGAAGACUGUUCUGGUCCCGGGGAGGACCGCCCCUCGUUCCGCCCGAAAUGGCGCCAGUGAACCGGCGGACGACUUGGACACCCUGGGGCAGAGAGAAGGGCAGGACCUAGAAGAUGACGAUGAGGAGCAGGCUGGUGAUGACGAAGAGCACGCGGCAUCAGAGACGUCCUCUCCGACCCGCUAUGAGUACCAUGUCCUGUACUCCUGCAGUUACCAGGCCCCAGUGUUAUACUUCAGAGCGUCUACCCUAGACGGCCGUCCUCUGUCCCUGGAGGACAUAUGGGACAACGUCCACCCAAAUUACAGACAGCGCCUUUUGCAGGGGCCCUGGGACACCAUUACCCAGCAGGAACACCCUCUGAUUGGCCAGCCCUUCUUUGUGCUCCAUCCUUGUCGAACGCAGGACUUGAUGAGGCCCAUAUUGGCAGCAGCCAGUGCAGAGAAUAGGAGUCUGAAUUACAUCGUUUCCUGGUUGAGUUCGGUGGGGCCAGUGGUGGCACUCAAUGUCCCCCUGAGUUAUGCUCAUAUAGGUUCUCAAUCUUCAGAGGAGCCAGAAUGACACACAUACACACACACACACACACACACACACACAAGAACUUGCUCAUAUUCACAGAAACACACACAUUCACACAUAAUGCCUCACUUAUAUUCUUGGAAAAACACACACACACAUACACACACAAGAACUUGCUCAUAUUCACAGAAACACACACACACAUAAUAACUCACUCAUAUUCUUGGAAACACACACACACACACAUACACACACGCACACACACACACACACAUACACGCACGCACACACACACACAUACACACACACACACACACACACACAUACACGCACGCACGCACACACACAGCAGCAGCUCCAGACCCACAGCAGCCCUGCAGCCCUGGUGAGCUCUGGUGAGCGCGCGAGUCCUUUCCUCGUCCUUACACAGCCCCCCGUAGGCUGCGCACCGCGCAAACGGACGCUCACGCACGCCGCGCGCCGCCGCUGCCCGCCGCUUCCGAGCGGCCAAGGUGACCACGGCACCGAGCCCGUUUCCGACGGCUCAAUGUCGGACCCAAGGUCAAGAUCGGAGGCUGCUGUGAAAGCGCGCUCGCGCAGGCAGACGCAGCAGCCUGGGGAAGCGGAGGCUAGGAGACGCUCUGAGCGAGAGCGAGGAGAGAACAAUGAUCUGCCUCCCUGCGUCUUCCUGUGUGAAGCCCGCAGCGGUGCCAACGCUACAAUUAGCAGUGGAGAGAACGCCAGGCAGGAUGUGACAGAGGCAGGGUAGAGAGAACUAGCACUCCCCAUUCCCUCAUAGUGCUAUUAGUGUGUGUGUGUGUGUGUGCGUGUGAGAGAGUGUGCGUGUGCGUGUGUGUGUGUGUGCGCGUGUGUGAGAGUGUGCGCGCGUGUGGGUACGUGUUUACGUGUGGGUGUUUGUUUGUGUGCGGAUUCAUGUCUGCUGUUUUUGCAAGUGUGUGCCUGUGGCUGGGGGGCUGGCAGGGGGGGGGGUGUGUAGGGGGGAGUUAUUUUGGGUGCCUGCAAAAUGAAACAGUGAAUUCGGGAGAGAUCAUCUCCCAGUAGCUCCGUUUGUUUUUUUGUGUGAAAACAAAAGCACUGCACAGCACUGCACAGAGAGAACAGACCUCUUUUUCCACAAAGGGAAAAUAUUCCCAAGCAUAUAAUCUUAUAUAACAUAUCUACCUAUCUAUCUACCUAAUAUAAAUAUACACAUUAUUACAUUCACUGUAUGUACAUGUAUAUAUACAGUGAACUUCAUCAUUAUUUCUUUAUUUGGCUCUGUACUCUAUGAUUUUAAAUUUGCUAACAAUUCACAUGUGGUUUAAGUGCAGAUGCUCAGCUUUUUUUAAAGGGUAUUUUUUAUACAAUUUGGUUUCACCAUCUGGAAAUUACAGCACAGUUUUAUGCAACCAUCUCCCCCCCCCCCCCCAUUUUAGGGUACCAUAAUGUUUGGGAUAUAUUAUUGUCAUGUAAUUUAAAGUAGUCAUGUUUAGUACUUUUGUCGCAUAUUUUUUGCAUGCAGUGCCUUCUUUGAGUCUGUGACCCAUAGACAUCAGCAGGUGGUGAGUAUCUUCUCUGGUGAUGCUCUGCCAGGCCUGUACUGCAGCCAUCUUCAGCUCCUGCUGGUUUUGGAGGCUAGUUGCCUAAACUUCUCUCUUCAGCCUAUGAAACACAUGUUCACUUGGAUUCAGAUCAGGUGACUGACUUGGCCAGUCACAAAUUUUCCUGGUUUUGGCUUUGAAGAACUCCUUUGUUGCUCUAGCUGUAUGUUUGGGAUCACUGUCUUGCUGUAGGAUGAAGCACUGUCCAAUGAGUUUGGAGGUAUUUUCUUGGACUUGAGCAGAUAAGCAAGCAGACAUGGUUUCGUGCUCUACAGAAUUAAUUCUGCUCCUGCUAUCAGCAGUUACUUCAUUAGUGUUUUAUUAGUAAGACAAGUCGUUGGUACCUGUGGCACCCAUACAUGCCAAAACCAUAACACAACCACCACUGUUUCACAGACGACUAUGUAUAAAAAGUGUUGUAAUUUCUACUUGGUGAAACCAAAAUGUAUAAACAUAUCUUUUUAUAGAAAAACAUGUCCAAAAACAUCAUGGAGCUGAUAUACAGUAUGUGUGUGUGUGUGUGUGUGUGCAUGCGUGCGUGCGUGCAUGCGUGUCUAAAAACACACAUUUCUCAUGACUUGGUCAUUUUUGGCAUGAUAUCU